UGGGACCUUCUUCCACGUGGUUCAAAAUUCUAAUUUUUAAGGUUGUAAAAUAUGUCUGAAAAGAAAAGUUAAAAAUAGGCACUUGGCAAGCAUAUGGAAAUUGCGAUAAAUUUAACUCAUGAAUAAGACCACUUGCCACGUUGAACACAUACGGGUCCUAUCCGGCUCCAAUCUGAAGCAGGUGGAAGUAUUCCAGGUCGUACAGGGAAGGCUCACUGAACGACCCGACUAGCAGACCCGCUUCUAUAUAUUUUUACGGACCGUUUUGUCUUCUGUGUUUAUCGUAUCCGUAUGCUAGCCGGGUCCUAGGGUUCGAUCAACAGCGGCUUUUGAGCACAAACAAUAAGAGCCGACUGAACCAGCCGAUUAAAGGGGGAUUGAUCUAAGGAGGAGGAGGGCGACCAAAGGGAACUAGAGAAGGUGAAUAAUCGAAGAAGAGAACCAGCCAAGCAGUGUAUCAGAGUUGAUUUGAAGAAAUUUUCCGCACCUUUUCAUUUAAGCAUCUCUUUCGAAAAAAAAGAAGUGCUUUUGGGAACCACAAUUUGAUUUACAUUCAGUGCAUCGAAUAGCAGAAGAGUUCAAGAAAGAUGGAGGACUGGGAGGAUGAGCCAGUUCCACCUGUUCUUAAAAAGGAGCAACCCAAAAAUUUAUGGGAUGAUGAAGAUGUAGAAGAAGAUGAUGUGAAGGAUUCUUGGGAGGAUGAAGAUGAGCCUGCACCGGCACCUAAACCAGAACCUCCUGUGGAAAAGAUCCCAAAAAAAUCGGCAGUAAAGCCUAGUGAAAAUAAGGGAAAAACUGCAGAAGUAAAAGUCGAAGAGCCCUUGGAUCCUGUUGCUGAAAAGCUUCGACAACAAAGGCUUGUGGAAGAAGCGGACUACAAAUCCACAACAGAACUCUUUGCUAAGAGGGGUGAUGAGAAGACACUUGAUAAUUUCAUCCCCAAAUCUGAAAAUGACUUCUUAGAAUAUGCAGAGCUUGUUUCUUAUAAACUGCGGCCAUAUGAGAAGAGUUUCCAUUACAUAACCCUCCUCAAAACAGUAAUGAGACUAUCAAUGACAGCUCUGAAAGCAGCAGAUGCAAAAGAGGUUGCUUCAUCUAUCACAGCAAUUGCAAAUGAAAAGCUCAAGGCAGAGAAAGAAGCCAAUGCGGGUAAAAAGAAAACAGGUGUCAAAAAGAAACAGCUUCAUAUCGAGAAGCAAGUAGACGAUGUUGUCGUCGAUACUUAUGAUGCUCUUGAUGACUAUGAUUUCAUGUGAGUGCUUGCUUGUAGGAACACUCCAUCAUUUGAACUGUAGAUUAGGAUCCAACAGCUGAAUUCAAUCAUAAACUAAAAGGUGAGGAUCCUUGGGCCUUGCCCAUCUCCUAAUCCUGGAGAUCGAUUUGAGUGUGUUCUAAUUUGCGGUUUGUUCAAUAAGACGAAAGGGUCUUGGGUUACCAUUGUUUGGCGGUCGGUUUUUUUCCUCGUUUAGUUGAUGAUGCUCGCAAUACCCAUAUAAUAUGAUGUGUCAUAAUUGUACCGGAUUAUUUAAAUACAUCUUUACAUUUACAGGUUUAGAAUUUAUGUGCUACUCAACUCUUUAUUAUUAUUAUUUUUUGUUUCGUCCUGUUUUCCCUUUCUUUCAGUAGUUAUUUCGUAUUUGAUUAUUUCUCAUUAAAGAGCAGUGUGCUUCUUUC